GCGCCGCCCCGCCUUGGCCACCACCCAUCCCGCGCCGCCCCGCCUUGGCCACCAGCCACGCCGCGCAACCUACCUCCAACACCCAGAUGCCCUUGGAUCCGCGCCACCCUGAACCGGCGUCGUCCCGCCGCCUUCCAGUCGGGCAGCCACAGUACCCAACAAGCGUCGGCGCCUCUCCCGCCUUCCUCCACCGCGCCGAGGUCGCCGGGCGUCGAGGCGGACCAGGACAGGCCAUGGCCCCACCUCCUUCUGGUUGCCAGAUCCGGCGACCCCCCGUGGCCUGGGAUCCCCCCACCUCCGCCUCUGCGCCUCUGCAUCGCCGUCCUCGUCGGGCCCGACGUCGCUUAUCCGGCCACGCGAGGAUGCAGCCUGGCCCGGCCACAUCGUCGUCGUCCUCGUCUCAGGCCAUCACCGCCCGGAUCCGCACCACCACCGGUGCCCCGUCGCGCACCUAUCCACCUCCAGGGGCUGAUGAGGAGACCAGGCAGCGUCCAUCUCUCCUCUCCGUCCGGCGACCGUCGCCGUGCAGCUCGGCGGCAUGUGUGAUGCGGUUUAGUGCUGGUGCUGGAGCACGGAACUCCCCUGCUUCUUCUCCCCACAGCAAGACGACGAGGGGCUCUUCUUCCCAACCUCUCUGCCGACCCCUUUCCUCUUAUUCUGACGAGGUCCCAGCCACCAACGGCAUGCAGUACGGAGGCGUGAUGCCAUGCAGCUCACCAUGUGCAUCCCAUCCCAGUAUUGUUGCUAUUCAGAAUAAUUUUCAAUGUUUUUCAGAAAAACUGAUGUAAUUUGGGUGCAGUGCAGUUCAGAAGCUUCCAUUGGGUAUAUUUUGCAGUGCGUUGAUGCAGUCCAUUGGGGGUGUGCCCUCAUAGUAUCCGGCAUGUGUCGUGUGUGUGCGGUGCACGCGGUCGUGCAGUCCGGUGGCGGUGCCCAUGUAAGAAGUGCUGGCGAGGGGACCCUAUCUGCAGCUCACUGAAGUUUGUUUUGCAGCUCACUGAAAUUUGUUUUGCAGCUAGCUUGCUUGUACAGUGCAUUUACAGUGUGUGCAUUACGUCUGGCGAGUGCGUGCGGUUCGGCGGCGCAAACCAUUUGCAUUCUUUGCUAUGUUAAUGCGUGCGAUUCAGUGCAUUUUAGAAUAAAAAUGAAGUUGGGUUGCACUUUGUGUGUGAUUGUAAUGUGGAGACAUAAAAAGGGACUAUUUGUGUGGAUUACUCAGUUUGUAAAAUCGUUUCUUUGUAAAAGUAGUGCGCUCGGUGAACCGAAGAACUACAUUUUUCAAAAUUAUUGUAGUUCAUUGUUAAAAAAGUUGUGGUUCCCUUAUUGGAGUGCACACGAAAGUAAAAUUGCAUUGGGAG